AUGGGGAGGCAUACAAAGACUCAAAUAGGAUCUGGCCACUUCCCCAAAGAAGGGUUUGGAGAAAGUAGCUACUUCCACAACCUUAAGAUCAUGGAUAACAACAAUAGUCUGCAGCCAAUCCAAAACUUCAAGAAACGCCGCGAUUCUACAAUGGAUUUCUCGCAGAUUCUACCUUUCAUCCUUCGUCCAGCCAUCAUUGAACUUGAAGUAACUAUUAAGUCUUUGGAUGGAGAUGAUGUAGAGUGUAUCAACAAAACGAAGCAGCCAGCAUUUGAAACCAUUUUAUUUAAAAUAACAAAUUUCAGAAGGCAUACAAAGACUCAAAUAGGAUCUGGCCACUUCCCCAAAGAAGGGUUUGGAGAAAGUAGCUACUUCCACAACCUCAAGAUCAUAGAUAACAACAAUAGUCUGCAGCCAAUCCAAAACUUCAAGAAACACCGUGAUUCUACAAUGGAUUUCUCGCAGAUUCUACCUUUCUUCUUUCGUCCAGCCAUCAUUGAACUUGAAGUAACUAUUAAAGUUUCUACUUUAGUUUUGAUUUUUGUUGCUGAUCCAGUGCACUAA